ACGCGCAUGCGUAGAAGUUGAAAGACGGGCUAGCUUUAUCAGUUAGCUGGUUUGGAUCAUUUAACUUUGACAAAACCUCCUCUUUUAAAGCUAUAAAGUUUAUAUAAUCGGUGUGUUACUUAAUAACUUAAGCAACUUCGUCAUGUUACAGUUUUUGGCUGGUUUCACGUUGGGGAAUGUUGUGGGGAUGUACCUUGCUCAAAAUUAUGAAGUUCCCAAUAUAGCCAAGAAAAUUGAAGCUUUUAAGAAGGACGUGGAGGCCAAGAAGAAGCCACCAGAGUAACCAAAACAGGAUUGUGCAACAAA